AUGUCCACCCUCUCCUCCCCCCGCCCCUCAAUCGCCUCAUCCCGCGCACAUUCUCCAACACCAACAUCCUCGCACCGACCCUCCCUCGACACUCUCAACACCAACUACAACCUCAACAACCUCAGCGCCUCCUCCACCCCAUCCACCGCCCGCGCCGUCUCUCCCUCCUUACACCCCCGUCGCAACCGCGCCGCCCUCCGCGACUACUACAACCUGAAACCCUCCUCCGCAGCCGAUCCCAACAAUGACGGACGCCGCUCACGCAGCAUCCCACGGCACACCGACGCAGGCGACAUCUCCAGUAGCAGUAGCGGUGCCGGUGCGGCGGGUGGCCCAUCCAUACUCUCCACAACAGGAACCGAGCUCGAUAGCCCGGACUUCGAUCCGCAACGCUACGUGAACCAACUCCUCGCUUCGUCGUCGCUAUCGACGGUCCUGAAAGCGGAGAAUACGCUUGUUGGGGAUAUUCGCACGUUGGACAGUGAGCGCAAAGCAUUAGUAUAUGAUAAUUACUCGAAGUUGAUUAGGGCUGUUGAGACGAUUGGGAAGAUGCGAAGGACGAUGGAUGAUCGGGGAGCGCCGUUGACGAUGACGAAGACGCUGGGGCCCGCGAUUGCGUUUGUGGCGGAGACUGCCGGGGGGCUGAUUCAGGAGGGGGAGGAGCAGCAGAGGAGGAUGAGGGAGGUUAAGCAGAGUGAGGGGGGUGAGAGGAGGAGGGCGGAGAAGGGGACGGUGAAGUGGGUGCUUGCGGCGCCGGGGAGGUUGGAGAAGUUGUUGGAGGAGGGGAAGGGGGAUGAGGCGGAGGGGGAUUGGAGUGAGGUCAAGAAGUUGUUGGAUAAGUGGGAGGGGGUUAAAGGUGUGAAGGAGGUUAGGGAGGCUUGUGAAAAGGUUAUGGAGGGGAGGGAAGCUUGA